UUGCUUUGGUUACCUCGGUUGCUGAGUUUAUAAUUGUAAACAUAAUUUUGCUUCAUCUGUUAAUCAUCAGUAAAGAUUUGUCAUUUAAAUGGAUGAUCAAAGGAUUGAUCAUUUUUUACAAGCCAUUCCUGAGGAAUCGUCUUAUAACACCAACUCAGCUGCUCUCAGCCCGAGUCAAGAUUCAUUCAGCUCUCUUGAUGGGACUCAUUAUUUGAGUAUUUCGUUAGAUGAUACUCCGAUUCUGCCUGCCAUUGAUGGAAAAAAAGUUAAAUCCUUUGAAGAGCUUGUUGAAGAAGCGUUGAAAAGAGAUGACAGUCCUGCAAAUCUUGACGAUUCAGAUAAGCCGAAAAAACCUUUUCUGAGAAAAGGUUCUGGCCUAACAAGGUUUGCUCCAAAAUCUGAUGAACCAAAAAGAGAGCGUCGUACUUGUUGCAAGAAAAAACUAGAACAACAAUUUCGCAGUGAAGCUGAGAAAUGUGUGCAAAAAUCUGAUGAAUAUUGUCCAAGAAAAAUAGAUGCAAACAAAACCAAUGGAAGUGCUCGAAGUAAAAAAGUUACCAUAAAAUCUGCACCUCAAGUGGCUAAGCGAUCUGGAUCAAAUAAUUCGGAAAUUCAAAAUGGUUUAAAUAGAUAUUCAGUUGAGCCAAAAAAAGUUCAACCAAACAGGAGAUCAUUAUCUGGACAGGGUUUGUCCAACGUAAUCCUUUCGCAAUAUUCUAGUGAUUUUGAACCCAUCCAACAAAAAAAGAAUAAUGUUAUAUCUCACGGAAUCAUUUCAACGGAUAAUAACACAAAAUCCCCCAAAAUCUCAACCAAGGAUAAAAAAGUGAAUUUUGAGGAUGAUGAGCCUCGAGUUGUAGCUUUGGAACGACUUUUAAGAAACAUAAGAAUGAAACAAAGCAAACUCCAGCAAUUACAAGAAUUGCAAUCCGAUGAUGAUAGUUGGGAAGAUGAAUAUGAAGAACCAGAAGUGAUCAGAAAAGAUGCGAAAAUAAAAAAUUUGCCCAAAAGUAAGAUUAAUAAAAAACUCACCCGAACAGGAACCUUUACAUUGGGUAAAAUGAAUUCAACUAAAGAUUCUGAAUCCAAUCCUCUUUCGGCUCCAAAAGUCAGCAAUUAUACAAUAUCACUUAAGCGUAAAAUUGAAACAUUGGAAGAUCGAUUGCACCAACUAACUACCAAGUGUCAACAAAACAUUGCCGAUUACAAGUCUCACGAAGCCCCAAGUGAAGAGAAAUUUUCCCCGGAGAAGAUUUUUUCUGAAAUGAAUGAAAUUAAGAAGCAUCUUUUUUCAUUAUCAAAUAAGUUAGAAACAAUCGAAUCAAAAUUAUUGAAAAAAGAAUCACAAACGCAAGGAUUGAAAAUAAACUUACCUUCAUCCAGUUCAAAAGUAUUGACAUCACCUGAAACAUCUCUUUAUUCACAAAUACAACAACUCCAGACAGGAACACAUUUAACGCUCAGUAAUGGUGAUCAGAUAAUGAAAACAAGUGACAAUACUAUUAUUUAUAGUUAUAUAUCUGGAGUGAGGCAAAUAACUUAUACUGAUGGAACUCGUGUUGUUGAAUUUCCCAGUGGUCAGAUUGAAAGGGUUGGCACUAAUGGUACUAAGACCAUAUUUUACCCUAAUGGUACUCAGAGAGUAAUUCGUCCGGAUGGUUCAGAGGAAACAAUAACUCCUGAUGGAACGAUCAUUAGAGUAUCAGUAGAUGGAACUGAAAUAAUUGAACUUUCCAAUGGAGAAAGAGAAAUACGAACUGGCGAGUUUAAAAGAAGAGAGUAUUUAGAUGGAACAAUUAAAACUAUCCAUGUCGAUGGAACUGAAGAGACCCGAUUUGCGAAUGGUAGAUUACGAAUCAAAGAUAAGGAAGGAAAUUUAAUUGCUGAUUCUUUGAUUACACAAUUCAAGGGUCUAACAUAAGAUCAAUUUGGUGCAACAUUUUUCGACAUUUAAUGGCAUUCUUUUAAAAAUCACUGAGAAUCAUUUUAA